AUUUGUCGCUGGGCUUUGAGUGGGCUUUUAUUUUGACAUUUAAACACCGGAUCAUCCGCCGUUAACAUUAUCGUCAAAGGAAAUAAGCAAAUGAGGCGCCACUCAUACGUUUGGGAGGGAGCAAACCUUCAUGUGGCAAGUAAAUGAUGGAACUGGAGGAUGAACUGGAGAACUUCAUCAGGGAGCGUAAGGCAAGAGUGGCCCAAGAUAGAGCAAGUUUAGAGGAAGAUGCUCCUUACAUGGAAAUCAGGGCAAAACCUCACAGAAACAAUCGAUCCACGCUCAAGGAGAAUAUUCCCCCCAAGUUGACUACACAAAAGAAAGAAGAGAUCUACAGUGAGGGUCUCCCCCUUGGUGUGGAGUACGAUAAAAAGAAGAAGAGACUUCAGCAUGAGCGACGUAUGGAAUACAGAAAUUACAUGGCACAGCAAAAGCUCCUUGAAAAGAAGACAAGCGAUGUUGUCAAACAGCAAACAACUUCAUGGAGGGAUGCAGCUGCUUUGACAGAAGCCAGAAUGGACUCUUAUAGGCCUCCUUCCCCUUCUGAGGUCAAGAUCCCCUCCUUUCCUGAAGAGCCAUCUUUGGAACCUCCCAAACACAAAGACAAGCAUUAUGAGCUCAUUGAUCUGGAAUCAGAGGAGGAUCAGCAUUUUAAGGUGAAGCUAACAGGCUCCAGGAGUAGUAGGCAACAAGAUUUGGAUGCCAGUUAUGAAAAGACCCACUCUACAAGAAGUGAUAGAAGGGAGAAUGAAGAGAUGCCUUCAGCUUUUGCUAGACAAGGCCGAAGAUCAAAAGCCCUAAACAAAACUGAUGCCGCUGAAUUUGCUACCGGUCUUCUAAUCGGAGCCAUUGAUACAGCUGAAGCCGUGCAGAAGAAGAAGGACCGCUACAGGCAGGAGCUGCAAGAACAGAUAGCCGAGCAGAAAAGAAACAAGAUGAGAGAGAAAAGAUUGGAGCUAAGAGUUGCUGUAACGAGGGCAAACGAUCCAGAAAAUCAGCACCAAGUUGAGCAGUUUGGACUGAACAACAGAAGGGACCUUAACUUCCUGCAGCCUUCAGCGUUGGGAGAGAGAGAAUCUUCAUCCAGAAGUUUGUCUAAUAAAGACAAAACUGGCAGUGAUGGCAGGGUGACGCCUCCACCCGAUCAGCCCCGUUUGGCUUUUCAGUCUCCAGUGAUGGAGGGCAGCGCCACCAUGGACCUGGUAGAAGGUGGAGCGUCUUCCAGUAGCCAGCCUGCUACCUACUUCCAAAGAGCUAUGGAUACACCCAGAAUUCCCUGGGUGCUUCCUCACCGUCCUCUUAAUGUAAUGGACCCCUCCCGAGGCAACUAUGGCGAGCCUCAUCCCUACUAUAGAAACAUGGUUGACCCAAACAUUGCCUACUAUGGUCAUUUGCCUUACCCUGCUAUGGGUCAUCCCAUGCUUUACUACAACAUACCACCAGGAGGAGCUGUGCCCAGUCAUUUGGUUGAUGGGAGACCCCAUAGUGGAAACAGGCUUCCUGAGCUCCCAACACAGUCCAAUACUAAGCCUGUUAAUACAGCCGCCCAGGCUGGGCUUUCCCCUUAUUCCACCGUACCACCAGGAGGCGCUGUGCUCAGUCAAUUUGGUGAUAUGAGGCCCCACAGUGGAAGCAGGCUUGCUCAGCCUCCACAGCAGUCCAAGACUGAGCCUGGUACUUUGGCCCCCCUUACUGGGCUUUUUCCCCCAGAGAGUUCCCGAUCAACCAAGCAAAAAAAUUUGGACUACCUAGAGGGCCUACACAAACAGGGCGAUGCCAGGAAAGGGGACAGCCAGCUUUUCAAUAAGAUUCAAGAGCAGCAGGAGCAAAAGCGUGUGGAGAGGGAGGAGAAGGAGCGUGACGAGGCAAAAUUGAUGGACGACAUGAGAAGAUAUCAACCUUGGGGUCGAGGUGGAGGCGGAGCCCCACUCAGAGACAGUACAGGACAUCUCAUUGCUGACCUUAGCCAGAUGCACAAGCAGAAUGAAGAGGCCAAUAGCCACCCAUAUCGAAGGAGAGCAGCUGUGAUGACAGCCAACAACAGGGUCUCUGGUACUGUAGCAGAGAGCAGUUGCACUGACACUAGUGACCGGCACCCUGGCUUCACCCAUGUCCAAACGCCCCAUUUGGUAGUGGGCAAUAUGUUUGACAACCAGCUCCUAAAGGAGCGGCUCCGUGACAAGGAGAAGUACAAAGCUGAACUCAAACUGCAGAUAGAGGAGAAGCAGCGCAAACAGGCAGAGGAAAGGGAACAGAUCAGGCUGGCGGAAGAAAAGUUAGAGAAGGAGGUGGCAGAGUUCAUGGCUAGCAACCAGAGGAAGUACGAAGAAGAACAAGAGAAUAUUAAACGAAAGGAGAUGGAGGCCAGAGUCGAGAAACAACAUCUGCUGGCAGAACAAAAAAUGAAGGAAGUAGAAAUUAAGAAGGCAGAGGAGAAGAAGGAAGCAGAAAGUAAAAUGGCAGACGAAAAGAAGAAAGCAGCACAGGAGAAGCAGUGUGAACAAGAGAGGGAAGCCCAAAUAGAAAUGGUUCACAGGGAAUUGCCCCCAUCAAAGUCCACCUUGGAGAGGAAACAGCAAUGCAGCUCUAGGCCUCCCACCAUUGAGAGUCGACAAUCUACUGCUCCCCUUUCUGAACAAUCUGUGUCUAUCCCCCAUUCUCCACCUGCUUGUAGGAAUGAACUUCGAUCUGCAGCUGAGCAACGGGAGGUGUACAGCAAAUUGUCAGCGUUGCGUCAGCAGCUUCAACGUAGGCUAAAACGAAUGGAGCCAGAAGUCAAUCUACAGUAUGAAGAUUGGGAUGAAAUGGACUCCCUUUUUGCUCGAAGGCCCCAGGCUCCAGUUCGAAGGCACAACUCCAGGAAACACCAACCGAGUACUCUGCUGCAAAGUUAUGACUUACUUCAACUCAAUCACUCCGAUGGUGAGUCCAGGCUCAGCUCCACUGAGGUCCAAGGAGAGAAGACAGGGGGCGUAAUAAGUCGGAGUAGGUGGGACGACAUGGAACCGCAUCAGAGGUCAACACACCAGGAUGAUUUUGACAUAUCGCCUCUAGAUCAAAACCACUAUCUGGGAAGCGAGAUGGGCCGACUUCCACGAGGAUCUCUGCUGGAGUCAGAGAGUGCCUUCCUUGCCACAUUGGGAGAAGAUUUUCCAGUACCAAGCUCUCCAGACGUUAACAUGACACACCAACCUUCAGCCCGGGAAAGAAGGAGGCUGACCAGACGGUGCCCAUACCCACAGGAAGAAGAGUCCUCCUAUGACAACCCAUUCCACAUAAGUAGCAGGAAGCAGAGAAUGGCAGAGUCCAGCAAUGAAGAAAAGAACCAGGACAGGAUAUUUGAUUUGAAAGACCCCAUUUGUCGUGGAAAUACAGCCGGAACUGUAGAUCUGUCUGAUGAUGACUUAUUACCUCCCCCGUUUUGCCCCCUCACUCACAAUCGUCAAAGUUCAGUAGAAUCAUUCUCAACUGAUCCCUGGAUGCGACCAGGUACUUCAGAAACUCUCAAGUGUUUAGAGCGCCCAUUGAGGAGGGAGCCAUUAACAACGCAGGAGACGGUCCGUUGAAUGUUGCAGAGGUUUUCCAACUUCACUGUUCGUUUGAUCCAGACAACCACACCUCUGUCUUUGAGGUGUCACGUUGUAGAUUAUUUUUCUGUUGAAGAUGUGACUUUUCGUUUGAUCCAGACAACCACGCCUUUGUCUUUGAGGUGUCACAUUGUAGAUGAUUUUUUAAGUUGAAUAUGUGAUAUAUGAAUGUGACUGAUGUUACUACUUUAUUGGCUAUUGCCUUUGUCACCGGUACCCAAUUGGAUCCAAUGGGCAAAAUUUGGGCCGCUGAGUUGUUUCGUUUAGCCCGUCAAAGGGUGGCCUCUCAAAUAUUCUACAUAAUCAUACUGACCUGUUUUAAGAUCACACAAUCAUUGAUGACAUGUCUGCAAAGAAACUACGUAGUUCUCAACAUCUCCACUACCUUAUAUAUAUAUGGAAGUAUAGGGCUGUACUCAUUCAUGGUGAUGCUGUACACUUAAAAUCUCUUGUGGACACAUUUUCACUUUGGCACUUCCGGUCUAUGUUAUCAAGAGCUUCAGUGCCAAUGUUCAAUUAAUUCAUAGUUUUAUAUGGGCAGCUUUUUAUUUAAUAAUUUAUAUCAUAGUUUAUUGACUAGAGAGAUGUUAAAUAAAUAUUUGUCUUAUGA